AUGGUGAAGAGAAAAGAAGGGAACGUUCCGGUGAAGGCGUUGUCACUUGCAUCAAAAUCCAUCAAGUUGGAUAGUGAAGUGAUAUUAGGAGGAAGCGUGCCUGUGAACUUAUUGUUGGAGAGUGAUAAAAGUGACAACCCUGUCAAGUUCAGUAGGACAUUGGGAAAGUUUCCGCUGAGCUUAUUGUCAUCAACAUAUAAGCGGGUCAGCUGGUUUAGAUUGCCAAAAGAAGAUGGGAUUUCACCAACGAAAUUGUUACUAAAGAGGCCGAGAAAGGUCGAGAGUGGUGAGAUUAGAAAGAUUUCCAAUUGA